AUGCCCUCGUCGUCAGAGAUGAACAGAUACUGGAUUCCCAGGUUGGACAUCCACAAAAAGAUCAUCACCCAAGAGCUUCCCUACUACCUUGGUCCGGAUGCGACGGUCAGACCGUACACAAACGAGGAACAAAUCGACGAUAUCUGCAGGAAAUCCAAAGAAAUGUGGGAGCGACAAGCCGCGAUUAGGGCUCAGGAGGCCGACAAGCCUCUCAAGAGACCGCUGCACCAGCCGGUGGUCAUAUCCAGAGGGUCGAACGACUCGUCACGAAGGAGACACGAUGCACACCGCAGCCACGAGCGGCAUAGACGUUACGAUGAUAGGCGACGUGAAUGA